CUCCCAGCAGUCUGUGGAGCAGAUCUGACGGACUGCUGGACUGGAGCAGCUGAGGAAAGUGAAUGGGGACAGCGACAUGUCAUUGAGAGCGCCAUAAUCGCCCAAACGCCGAUAUUUGAACGAGUUCUUCCACCGCCUUUCGCAAGACUACAAAGAGCGGCUUGGUUCCCAGCUGAAUAGCUUUGGAGACAUUGAUUAAGUUGGAGUUUAUGAGAGAAAUAUCGAUUAGACACCGCUGAGGCGACCCUGUCACUGGAUGGACGACAGAGAGCUUGUUCGUACACGAGCCGCCUGAAGAGAGAGACAGCCGUUAGUCCGCGUUUCUCUCACGAAUCCCCCUGCGUGCUGACUGAUAACGACAAAAUAUUGGUUUUAGACUCCAUUUUAUUUUGAAGAUAUGGAAAAAGACGAGGAAACCCCUUCAAAAUGAAAACAUGAAGUCGUCAUUAAUGCGGAUUUAAAUGUGUCGCGCUGAGGGUAACGUUAACGGACGCGCGUUCCCUCCUCCUCACGCUCUCCAAGCUGCUGCAUUUAUCACUCAGAAAUAAUAUUCACACUGAGCAGACGUGGAUAGGAAGAUAGAGAAGUAAGGAGAGGGAUAUUUGAAGCAAUAUGGCUGAUGGCUGGGGCUGGGAGCGCAGGCAGGAGCUCUCCAAAGCUUCUUCUCAAUGCUAGUUGUGGCAGAUGGCAACGGAUCCUAUGGCAGCAGCUCUAGAAUGAGCAGUAAUAUCAAUCUGAAUAAAAACAAGGACUCUUCUGUCUCUAUAUCGAAGAUGGACCUGAUCAUCCCGUUCUCACCAGAAGUACCCUGUGACAACAAUGGUCAGCGCAUGUGGUGGGCUUUCCUCGCCUCAUCCAUGGUGACGUUCUUCGGGGGUCUCUUCAUCAUCCUCCUGUGGAGGACCCUUAAGUACCUGUGGACGGUCUGCUGCCAUUGCAACAUCAAAAACAAGGAGGCACAGAAGGUGAAUAACCCUAUGAACAGUCAGGCUGAUGGCCCAACGAAGAACCAGAAUGAUAAAGAGGAUGUCCCAGUCAGCGAGGUGGGCUGGAUGACCUCAGUCAAAGACUGGGCGGGGGUCAUGAUCUCAGCACAGACCCUUACUGGCAGAGUUCUGGUGGUGUUGGUCUUUGCACUCAGCAUCGGAGCUCUGGGAAUAUACUUCAUAGAUUCUUCAGAUCCUAUAGAAUCCUGUCAGAAUUUCUACAAAGACUUCACAUUACAAAUUGACAUGGCAUUCAACGUGUUCUUCUUACUCUACUUUGGCCUGCGUUUCAUAGCAGCUAACGAUAAGCUGUGGUUCUGGUUGGAGGUGAACUCAGUGGUGGACUUCUUCACCGUACCGCCUGUGUUUGUGUCAGUGUAUCUGAACAGGAGCUGGCUGGGUCUGAGGUUUCUAAGAGCCUUGAGAUUGAUACAGUUCUCAGAAAUUUUACAGUUUUUGAAUAUCUUAAAAACAAGUAAUUCCAUCAAGCUGGUGAACCUGUGUUCCAUCUUCAUAAGCACAUGGCUCACUGCUGCAGGAUUCAUUCAUCUGGUGGAAAACUCAGGGGAUCCAUGGGAGAACUUCCAAAACUCUCAGCCGCUCUCAUAUUGGGAAUGUGUGUACUUAUUAAUGGUCACUAUGUCCACGGUGGGAUAUGGAGACGUCUAUGCAAGAACCACUCUUGGACGCCUUUUCAUGGUCUUCUUCAUUCUCGGUGGUCUGGCCAUGUUUGCUCGCUACGUGCCAGAAAUUGCUGCUCUCAUCCUUAAUCGGAAGAAAUACGGAGGGAGUUAUAACUCAACACGAGGCAGAAAGCACAUUGUGGUCUGUGGUCAUAUCACGCUCGAAAGUGUUUCCAACUUCCUCAAAGACUUCCUACACAAGGACAGGGAUGAUGUUAAUGUAGAAAUCGUUUUUCUUCAUAAUAUUUCCCCUAAUCUUGAGCUGGAAGCCUUGUUUAAACGUCACUUCACUCAGGUGGAAUUCUAUCAAGGUUCGGUCCUCAACCCACAUGAUCUAGCAAGAGUUAAGAUUGAGUCAGCGGAUGCCUGCUUGAUUCUUGCAAACAAAUACUGUGCAGACCCUGAUGCUGAAGAUGCCUCUAAUAUCAUGAGAGUAAUAUCUAUAAAGAACUACCAUCCAAAGAUCAGAAUAAUCACUCAAAUGUUGCAGUACCACAACAAGGCCCAUCUGCUAAACAUUCCCAGCUGGAACUGGAAGGAGGGUGAUGAUGCGAUCUGCCUGGCCGAGCUGAAGGCAGGCUUCAUAGCCCAGAGCUGCCUGGCACAGGGCCUGUCCACCAUGCUGGCCAACCUCUUCUCCAUGAGGUCAUACAUCAAGAUUGAGGAGGACACAUGGCAGAAGUAUUAUCUGGAGGGAGUGGCCAAUGAAAUGUACACUGAGUACCUGUCCAGUGCCUUUGUGGGGCUUUCAUUUCCUACAGUUUGUGAGCUGUGCUAUGUGAAGCUCAAGUUGUUGUUGAUCGCUAUUGAAUACAAGUCAGAGCAGAGGGAAAGCAGAAGCAGAAAGCGUAUUCUGAUCAACCCGGGGAAUCAUGUAAAGAUGCAGGAGGGGACACUGGGAUUCUUUAUCGCCAGCGACGCCAAAGAGGUGAAAAGAGCAUUUUUCUACUGCAAAGCAUGUCAUGAUGACAUCACAGAUCCCAAAAGGAUUAAAAAGUGUGGCUGCAAGAGAAUGACAUAUUCCAAGAUGUCCGUCUACAAGCGAAUGAAACUGGCAUGUUGUUUUGAUUGCGGGCGCUCUGAGCACGACUGCUCGUGCAUGUCAGGCAGUGUACAUAGUAACAUGGACAGUCUUCAGAGGGCCUUCCCACUUUCUUCUGUCUCUGUUCAUGAUUGCUCAACCAGUUUACGUGCCUUCGAAGAUGAGCAUCCGUCAACACUGUCGCCCAAAAAGAAGCAACGCAACGGAGGCAUGCGAAAUUCACCCAACUGCUCACCCAAAAUGACGAGACAUGACCCUCUACUCAUUCCGGGAAAUGAGCAGAUUGAGAACAUGGAUACAAGUGUGAAAAGAUACGACUCUACUGGAAUGUUUCACUGGUGUCCAUCCAACGAUAUUGAGAAGGCCAUUCUGACACGAAGCGAGGCCUCCAUGACGGUUUUAAGUGGACAUGUAGUAGUGUGUAUAUUUGGAGAUGUCACAUCAGCUUUAGUGGGGCUUCGAAACCUGGUGAUGCCUUUGAGAGCAAGCAACUUCCAUUACCACGAGCUAAAGCCCAUCGUGUUUGUGGGCUCAUUAGAUUAUCUGAAAAGAGAGUGGGAAACCCUUCACAACUUCCCCAAAGUCUCCAUCUUACCUGGUACACCAUUAAGUCGAGCUGAUUUAAGGGCCGUCAACAUCAACCUCUGUGACAUGUGCGUUAUCCUGUCAGCCAAUCAGAGCAAUAUCGACGAUGCUUCACUGCAGGACAAGGAAUGCAUCUUGGCGACUCUUAACAUCAAAUCUAUGCAGUUUGAUGACAGCAUUGGGAUCUUGCAGGCUAAUUCCCAAGGUUUCACACCUCCGGGGAUGGAUAGGUCUUCUCCAGAUAACAGUCCAGUGCACGGCUUAGUGCGGCAGACAUCCAUCACCACGGGAUCAAACAUCCCGAUCAUAACUGAACUUGCUAAGCCUGGCAAACUACUGCCUUUGGUUUCAUUCAGUCAGGAAAAAAACAGUGGAAACAACAUACAAAUGAUAACAGAACUGGUGAAUGACUCCAACGUUCAGUUUUUGGACCAAGACGACGAUGACGACCCAGAUACGGAGCUGUAUCUGACCCAGCCGUUUGCCUGCGGUACUGCGUUCGCCAUCAGCGUGUUGGACUCCCUGAUGAGUGCGACAUACUUCAAUGAUAAUAUCCUCACCCUGAUCCGGACGCUGGUCACAGGAGGCGCCACUCCGGAGCUGGAGGGCCUGCUAGCUGAGGAGAACGCGCUGAGAGGUGGCUACAGCACGCCGCAGACGCUGGCUAACAGGGACAGGUGUCGGGUCGCCCAGCUGGCCCUCUACGAUGGGCCCUUCGCAGACUUGGGGGAUGGCGGUUGCUACGGAGACUUGUUUUGUAAAGCAUUAAAAACAUACAACAUGCUGUGCUUUGGGAUCUAUAGAUUGCGCGAUGCACAUUUAAGUACACCAGGCCAGUGCACAAAAAGGUAUGUCAUCACAAACCCACCUUAUGAGUUUGAGCUGGUGCCCACGGACCUGAUCUUCUGUCUGAUGCAGUUUGACCACAAUGCGGGCCAGUCCCGAGUGAGCCUGUCCCACUCCUCCCAUUCCUCUCAUUCAUCCAGCAAGAAGAGCUCGUCUGUUCACAUCCCCGCCACCAAUCGGCAGAACCGCAGCAGCAAAGCACGUGAAGCCCGUGACAAACAGAAUGCAACAAGGAUGAAUAGAAUGGGCCCAGAAAAGAGAUGGUUUACAGAUGAAGCAGAAAACGCAUACCCAAGGAACAUUCAAAUCAAGCCCAUGAGCACUCACAUGGCCAACCAAGUCAAUCAAUACAAAUCCACUAGCAGUCUGAUUCCACCCAUCCGAGAAGUCGAAGAUGAAUGCUGAACGAAUCCCCGGCCUUUACCAUUAUGGAGGGAUUUGGGUCAUCCUGCUGUAAAAGAUGAGCGCUAAUCGUGAAACCAUGACUGAGAUGAUGGCGACAUAUUGUUCUUCCCUUGUUCAACUCAAGGGUUUGAAGCGAUUGAGAACUGGAAGGGACUUCCUGUGUGUAUACCUUUAAUGUUACUUCCGUACUUUUAUAUAUGUAAACAUAGUGAUGUACAUAAUGACAAUCAAGUAAGGAUUGUACAGCCCCUAGCACUUUUUAAAAUUGUUAACAGGCAAACAAAAAAAGAGAGAAAAAAAAAAGUACUUCCUGUGAUUCACUGCAAUAUUUCACCUCUGCCGUGACCUGACUCCAUGCAGAGGGUGUUGUAAUGGAGGAUGAGGGUCACUGUCGUUCACGUCAUCCAAACAUUACCCAAAGAUCAGUCCUGCCGAUUGAGUUACGUAUCCAUCGUCAAUUUAAUUUUGCACUACCGCAUAGUAACUCGAGCACUGCUCAUAGAAGAGUCGAAGCUUUCCCUCAGUUCUCCUCCAGGCUGUGGCUGUUUUGUUCAGGGAAACGAGUGUUUGCGUGACUGUUUUCACGCAUGGUGUGUGCUGAAGGCUGCCUGAUGUAACCUGAACUUAGAGCUCUGGAGAGGAUGCCCAUUUUCAUCCCUACAGACGGUUUAGGCACAUAUACACGUGGAAAUGUUUGUUUUACCUAAUGCAAAUGGCCGUCCCCAACGUAGCUCUUCGGAAUUGGCAAUACAUUGAGGAUAUGCACUACUUCUGUUGAUGUCUUUCCAUCAUUUAUACUUCUGGUGUGGGAAACUGUCUGUGAUAGAGGAUUAUAACAUGUUUGUUUGCAUCUGCGGCUCUGCUAUUUAUAAGACUGAAUGAAACACUACUGUAACCUGCUGAUAAUUCAACAUUGGUUGAGCUUUAACGCCGAGAAAAUAAAAUGCAUAUACACAUUUAAAAAUGCCACAUAUUGCAAAAAGUGGGCAUCAUUGGUUCCUCCUUUGGGUCUAGCCACUGCCUGACACCGUGUUGGCACAGGGGCGGAAAAGUGCUUGGAUGUACCCUGUGACCGACUGUGAUGCCUUAUACUCUAGAGCAAAAGCUCAAUCAUAAUGUUCAAUUAUCAGCCAAAGAUGUAACUUGUAAUACUCUUGCUGUGGACUGAAUGGAUUUGAACGUCACUCACUUACACGACUAUGUUGUACCUUUAAGUAGAACGUAUAUAUUGAUACAAAUGUUUCACAGUCCUUUGAACGUUGCUGCAAGUGCUCUGUCAGAUUUAUACAUAAGUACAUACUUAUUUUUUAUCCAUGAGCUAAUCAUUUUGUACUUAUUUUUAUACAUAUCAGAGAACUUUAUUUCUAAAUGUAUCUUAAUAUCACGUAACAUCAAUCGAGAUCAUUCAAAGAUUUGUGAACCCGAGUCAGAACGGUACAAUCUCAGCUUACCAUAUGAAGUGCUCUUUGAUACUUACACGGGCUGCUUUGAAGGACCUCGAGCUCUACUAAAACAACCUAUAUGCUUUCAUUUUCAUAAGCUAACUGAGGUGAAUACCAGUAUUGAAUGACUGAUGACACGAUGUUGAUCCUCAGACAGACAUGAAUUCAGAGAUUCAUGAGAAGGGACUCUGCUCUUUCCGUAACGAGUCAUAGUAAUAUUAGCGACGUUUGACCUAAAUUAGGUCUCUGUAAAGAGAAGAGCGUGCUGAAGUACUUGAAGCAAACGCAAUGCGAUCAGAUUCAGCAGUGAACUAAUACGAUUAUAGAGGCAAGAAUAGAGACAUUAGCACUCAUCCAUCCAUUGAGCAAAAGAAUAUAAAUGUUAUAAAUUUGCCCGUUCUAAUCCACGUUUAAUUUCUCAAAGGCUCUCAGCUUUGUUUGCCAACUGGACAAUUAGGCUUGGGAUUUUCUCAAUUGUGAUUACAUUGGUGUUGCACUUUGUAGCAAGUAGAUUUCUUAAAAAGAUAAUACCAAUGUGAGUAACUGUAUGUUCAAUUGGAUUGUCUACGUACUUGCUAGCCUAAAAUAAAUAUAUAUAUAUAUAUAUUGAGCUAAAAAGAAUCCAUUGGAGUUAAAGGUCCAAUUUAUAGAUUUCUUUUCUUUUAUGUAGGGUCCUUUCCUUGUAACAAACUACAUUACAAGAAAGGCUGAUGGCACAGUCAAGACAGCAGGUUUCAUUUAAUGACAAAAGUAUAGAUGCAUGUUGAAAAAAGCAGAAAGCAAACUAGCGCUGAGGAUUAUUAACCAUCAGGUUUUUACAUUCCAAUUCAAUGUUACUAUCACAUAUAGUUUGAAAAUAUCGGUUGUUUGUUUACAGAUCUUUCUUUUUCAAAAUCACAUACUCAGGUAGUGAUCAUAAUGACAAAACUACAAAGCUGACGUACAUUUUUUCUUUUACCUUCCGUAGGCCUGAUGAAAGUUUGAGGUGAUUCUGAUAUUUCUUUUCCACUGCAACGAAUGUGCAAUGUUUUAUCAUGCAAUUUAUUUGUACAUCUUUGAAGAAACUACAGUGUACACAUAUCAGAGUUUCUACAGUGCCAUGAAAUGUGUCCAUCUGCCAGCAUCAGUCAGUCAUUGGUCAGUAAUACUGGAUGAAUCUCAUGGCAUCUAAUACUGGCAUGGAGAACAUCCAAGCCACCCUUGCCUCCAUGCCAGCACAGUGCCAGGCAGUGCAUGAAGACCAAAGGAGGAACACCGUAAGACCCACUUGAGCGAAAAGUGGCAUUCAAAUGGGCAUACGACACUUGUGCCUGUGCAAGCUGCUGAAAUCCUAGCACCUUGGUUAUAGAUACUGUACAAGUAAAAAAAAAAAAAAAAAAAAAAACUAUUAAAAAAAAAAUUUUGGGGGGGGGGGGGGGGGCAAUGACUGAAAGAUGCUGGGUAGAACUGACUAUGAUGAUUAGUUUGUCACCUGUCAAUGUAUUCAAAAGUGUUUAAUUAAAGCAACAUAUAAAGCAACCUUACUAAUGUACUAUGUAAUAGCUAUGUAAUACACAACUCAUAUUUUGGCUAUUCUAUUCUAUUGUAAAAGAGAUUUAAGUUUUUGAAACUGUAUAAAGCAAUUACACUGUAACAGAAUAAAUACUCGGAGGGAAUCAAGUCUUAACAUGCUUAACUUGAACAAGGAUUACUGUAUUGUUUCUGUCUUUUCUUCCACUUCAAUAAAUAAUUGAAACAUCCAUCCAUCCAUGUAAUCAUUAGCAUAUUCAUUGCAGGAAAAUGGGGUUUCUCAUAGCAGAAUGACUGAUUUGGAUACCAGAUGUGAAGGAAUGGAUGGUGCUGAGCUGAUCUACCUGACUCUGUCAAAUAUAACCUGCUGAUAAAACAUACCGUCUUGUACAAAACAAAAAAAGAUUGUACAUAAAUUGUACAUGGUUUCUUUUUUGUAUUUUCUGAAAUUAAAAUCGAUGUAUUUGUGUUCUA